AAGUGAUAAGCAGCAGGCAGCUUCUGGGUUUUGCUUUCAAGCGCACUCCUGCUGAAUCGGCGUGAGUGAGUGUGUAUGUGUGUGUGUGUGUUUGUGUGUGGGGCGUUCACUCCUUCUCCUGCCACAGUAGCAACACAUUGCAGCAGCGCUGGCCCUGAACAAAAGGCUCUACGCAGUAGAGUCAUAGGAGGAGAAACUCAGGGAUAGAUGCAGAAAGAGUGGCACAGCGUGAUAGCACUUUUCAGGGAGGAACUCAAGCUGCCAUUUAGGCCUCCUGGUGCCGGAGUGGAGACACAAGACCAGCCCAGGCUGCCUGUCUGUCUUUCUGAGCUGAGGAAAACACCCUGUUUUGUCUUUCAUUUUGUCUUCAUUCAUACACCUCAGUCUCUGUCAACCUUCACAGAGAUUCCUACACCUGCCCUUCUUCACCUGGGCAUCUUUCCUUUUCAUCCACCUGUCUUGUGAGAUGUCAGAGGAUGACUGCCGCUCGCCCAUCGGCCUGGACUGUUGCAGUUGCUGCCUGGACCUGGCCAAUGGCUGUGAUGACUCCAUGGCCAGCAGUCCGGCACAAGGUCAUGGUACUACUGGGGGCCUGCCGGGAAGCCCCACUAGCCCCAGUGUCAGUCACUUCCGUCAGCUCCGCAACCAGCUGGUGUACCAGAACCUGAACACUGACAAGCUGAACAACAUCAUGAGGCAGGACUCCCUGGAAUCGGUGGUGAGGGACCCCUGCUUCCUGCUCAAUGAGGGGAUCUGCAACAGCAACAUUGACCAGACCAUGCUGUCCAUACUGCUCUUCUUUCACAGUGCCUCUGGUGCUAGCGUUGUGGCCAUCGACAACAAGAUUGAACAGGCGAUGGAUCUUGUCAAGAACCACUUGAUGUAUGCGGUGCGUGAGGAGGUGGAGGUCCUCAAAGAGCAGAUCAAAGAGCUGGCGGAGAAGAACAACCAGCUCGAGAGGGAGAACUACCUGCUGAAAAACCUGGCCAGUCCAGAGCAGCUGGAGAAGUUCCAGUCUCGCAUCCCGACGGACAUGCUGUUACCCCUGGACAAUGUGAGCUCCCAGGUGACCCCAGACCAGCAUCAGCCCUGCAGCCUUAGCACUGGCUCUGCUGUAUAAGUGGCUCUGCCUUGGGGCGGGCAGAGCCACUGUUUCUUUACAGUAAUGGACCUCCAUUUGAACGUAAGCGUGACAAAAAUCGCCGCCGCCAAGAGCCCUUCAUAACAAUGAAGGUGACGCAUUGGGGCUAUAAAUGAUCGAUGGGACACAAAAGAACUGUUGACAUUGAUAAGCACAAAACAGAACUUAGGGCGCUCUGACUGGUACGGUGUCAGGCCCAUCCUCUGAUGCCGUCCAACUCUUUGUCUUAGUCUCUCUGUUUAGACCAAAGUGCUAUGAAUAGAGAGAAGGCUGGUUAGACACCAACGAGCGCUUGACUUCAGACUGCAAGGGGACUUUCCCUGCCCUUCCAACAAACACCCUUUGCUCCAGAGAGGGUGAGUGAGGAGAUGUUGAUUGGGCUGGCCCUGCAGCUGCUAACUUGGAAAGUGUUGGGGAGGGUGCUCCCCACUCAUCCAGGGGAGACCCAUCUGAGGUGGUCUUCGAUGUCUCAACGAGAAAAGCCCCAUCGUGUGGAUUUUCUUGUAUCUUGAGAUCGGACAAAUCCACAAGAUACAAGUUCCCAGGACUCCCGGCCACAUGAUGAGGACUUUGCCUGUACCUAUAACAUAUGUGUUCAUGUACAUUUAAGCAUAACAAGAAUAAUCAACAGAAUAAGCUAAGGCAACAGGUGGAGGUUAAUGCAGUACAGCCUAUUAGAGCUGGUGGGCUGCUGCAGUAGACUGAUGAGUAAACUGUAAUGAUUCAUAAAAUGUAAUCUCAUAUUGCCUGCUGUUGGGGCUUGCUGCUUAUGGGGGGGGGGGGGGGGGGGGGGGGGGGGGGAUUUAUCCAGCUAUGUCUUCUGGUUUUUUGUUUGCAAUUAUGAACAAAAAUCAGUUGUUUGUAAAAUAGGAGCACUGAGUGGUCCUUCAAGGUUUUUUUUUUUUUUUUUUAAAUUCUUGGGACAGGCAUUUCUGCACACCUUGUCUGCCUAGCUCUUCACAGUAAAGGAUAACUACAAUGUACAUAAAGUUGAAACGUCCCGAAGUAAACAGUGGAGAUGGUGAGCAAGCAGAGCCAGCAGUUGUGCAGAUGCAUUUCUGAUUCUAGCAACGUCCUCCAGUAUCUGUCUGUUUCUUUGCUCGGAUGCCAAGUUGAUAACGAUGGCAUGACAACAGUGCCUGUCCUUUAGUAAGAGAGGAACACAUUUCCACACUGAGCUCUGUUGUUUUGUAGCUACCAAAGACUUUUUGCCGUUUUUGUUUGUUUUUUCUCACGACAACAGAAGCUGAGCAAACCAGGACCAUGUGGAAAACUUCACAGGGAGAAGUCUUGUUUGUAGCUAGUGCAAAAGUUUUCAUGUAUUUUGUAAAUGUAACGGUAUUGUUGCUGUAAAGUAUCCUCAAAGUUGUUCACUAUGGCGUUUGGAUACAACUGCACAUUUGCAAUAAACCUUAUGUUUACAUAAUA